ACAAAGCAGUCGGAUCGGAAUUGGACUUGGGAAGCGCCGUGUGGAGUCAGGCAUAAAACUUGUCGGAGGAGAGGAAUGAGCCUGCUCCUCUAGCUCUCCUCAUCUGCGCGGCGCUUCAGGGGUACCCGCCAGCCUUGCGAUUUAUUUUUAUAUAUCUGCUUUUUAUAGAAAGAGAAAUAUAUAUAUAUAUAUUUUCCUCCUAAGUGAAAAUUUCUGUUUCGAGAGAAAAUAAGGCAAGAUCAAUGAAGGAGAGAAGAGCCAGCCAGAAAUUAUCCAGUAAAUCUAUCAUGGAUCCUAAUCAGAACGUGAAAUGCAAGAUAGUAGUGGUGGGAGACAGUCAGUGUGGGAAAACCGCGCUGCUGCACGUCUUCGCCAAAGACUGCUUCCCCGAGAAUUACGUCCCUACGGUGUUUGAGAAUUACACGGCCAGUUUUGAAAUCGACACACAAAGAAUAGAGUUGAGCCUGUGGGACACUUCGGGUUCUCCUUACUAUGACAACGUCCGGCCCCUCUCUUACCCAGAUUCAGAUGCUGUGCUGAUUUGCUUUGACAUCAGUAGACCAGAGACGCUGGACAGUGUCCUGAAAAAGUGGAAAGGUGAAAUCCAGGAGUUUUGUCCCAACACCAAGAUGCUCUUGGUCGGCUGCAAAUCUGAUCUUCGGACAGAUGUCAGUACAUUAGUAGAGCUCUCAAACCACAGGCAGACCCCAGUGUCCUAUGACCAGGGGGCAAAUAUGGCCAAACAGAUCGGAGCAGCUACUUACAUCGAAUGCUCGGCUCUACAGUCAGAAAACAGCGUCAGAGACAUUUUUCACGUGGCCACCUUGGCAUGUGUAAACAAGACAAAUAAAAACGUUAAGCGGAACAAAUCGCAGAGGGCGACAAAGCGGAUUUCACACAUGCCCAGCAGACCAGAACUCUCCGCGGUGGCUACGGACUUACGAAAGGACAAAGCCAAGAGUUGCACUGUGAUGUGAAUCUCUGGUUAUCUUUAAUGAGGACAAGGAAACCUAGUGUGGAAAACACCACCAACAAAAAAAAAAAGGUGAAGUCUGAGCAAAGUGCAUAGCCAAAGUCACGUAUGCUGGAGGCUCGGGAGGCAUUUGGAAGGAUGCUCAUCUUUUUGGAAUCCUGUCCUUAGGUUCGGCAUGUAGAACAAGCGGUGAGAAGUGAGUUCAUUGAAGAGUUUUGAAGCGUGACUUGAAAAAUAUGCCAAAAAAGAGAGAUUCAGAUGGGCUAGAGGGUGAGGAGGAAUGCGAGGACCUCCAGGAAGAAAAACCACGCUCUGAAUGGUGCUUGCGUUUUUGUUUUCUUUGUUACAAUCUAUUCAUGGAUCUCUACUUUGAUUUAAUUUUUAAGUGUUUUAAUCUCCUUUACAAAAAGUAUAUAUUAAUACACCGUCCUCAUUGGGGAACUGGCACUGUGACCUUAGCAUUUAGUUUUCUAGAGGAUGUGAUCUAAUUUCCUCCUAGCUCAUCAUUAAAAUGGAAAUUGUAUCAGGACCCAUGGGAUAUCCAGAGGAAAAGUUGGUGAGGCUUUGAAAUCUUGCCAUCCUGAAGAUAGCUGAGCGAGAUGGUUCUCAAGAAAGGCCUUUGCAGUCUUGCAAGAUAUGCAGACCAGCACUACCAAGAUCGAAUAGGUCAGCUAGAAAAAAAGUGUCAAUUUUUAUUCAGUCUGAUGGUUCUGUUCAUCCUUGUGAUUGUCAUUAAAAAGUGGUAAAUUGCUCAAUGUGA